AGCUGAACACACGCACGCACGUCGGAAUAUUCAUGUGAAGCCGGCACUCCUUACUUAUGCAGCCGAUAUGCGGUCUUUCCAAUGAAUGCGGCAUCGUUCAUUUUAGUGAUUUGUGCUCACACAUCUUACUGCUAAUGGUAAUUCUGCUGCGCAAAUUACAAAAAGGUGUGAUCGCUGACAAACGUCAAAGUUGACGGAGAUGGAGCGCGGAACGCUGUGAGCAGUUCGGCUUCUCGGCAGCAGAAAGCUCCUCUAUCAACAUGUUCAUAUUCAAACAGGAGGAUGUUGAGGAAUAUUAUGAAAUCGGAGAGGAGCUUGGAAGCGGCCAGUUCGCAGUGGUCAGGAAAUGUCUGGAGAAAGGCACAGGAGUAGAGUAUGCAGCCAAGUUCAUCAGGAAGCGGCGCAACAAGUCCAGCCGCCGAGGUGUGACCAGAGAGGCCAUCGACCGUGAGGUUGGCAUCCUGAAGGAGAUUGAACAUCCCAACAUUGUCGCACUGCAUGACGUGUUCGAGAACAAGGCCGAGGUCAUCCUCAUUAUGGAACUUGUGGCUGGGGGGGAGCUCUUCGAUUUCCUGGCUGAGAAGGAGUCCCUAACAGAGGAGGAAGCGACCCAGUUUCUCAGGCAGAUCCUGGAUGGCGUCUCGUACCUUCACUCAAAGCAGAUCGCCCACUUUGAUUUGAAGCCUGAGAACAUCAUGCUGCUGGACAACAUGGUGCCUCAUCCACGCAUUAAGCUCAUCGACUUUGGUCUGGCUCACAAGAUCAAUUUUGGUCACGACUUCAAAAACAUCUUUGGGACUCCAGAAUUUGUUGCUCCAGAAGUUGUGAAUUACGAGCCGCUUGGCCUGGAGGCUGACAUGUGGAGUAUUGGUGUCAUUACAUACAUACUGUUGAGUGGGGCAUCACCUUUCCUUGGAGACAGCAAACAGGAGACUCUGGUCAACGUCUCUGCAGUGAACUACAAAUUUGAUGAAGAUUUCUUCAGUAACACCAGUACUCUCGCCAAAGACUUCAUAGCAAGGCUCUUGGUCAAAGACCCAAAAAAAAGAAUGAGCAUAGGGGACAGUCUGCAGCAUCCAUGGAUCAAGCCAAAAGACAAUGAGCAAGACACAAGCAGGAAAGAAUCCACUGUCAAUAUGGAGAUGUUUAAGAAGUUUGCUGCCCGGAGAAAAUGGAAGGGCAGGGACAGGAGGUUCGAGCUGGAUGAGCGUAGGGAGCGAGAUGGAGUGUGCAGCUGUGUGAUGCAUCCAUCUUCCCUGUGUUUACAGCACGGAACUCCACCUCUCCUCAUAGCUGCAGGUUGCGGAAGCAUCCCCAUCAUCGAAGUGCUGGUGAAGAAAGGGGCUGAUAUCCAGGCCCACGACAAGGCAGGUGCAAAUGCGGUUUAUUACGCGGCGAGACACGGACAUGUGGAGACCCUGAAAUUUCUCCAUGAAAGGAAGUGCCCGCUUGAUACUCAGGACAUGUCUGGAGAAACCUCACUGCACGUGGCAGCAAGGUAUGGCAACAUGGACGUGGUCCAGUACCUCUGCAGUAUUCACGCCAACCCCAACCUUGUAGAUAAGGAAAAUGAGACACCGCUGCAUUGUGCAGCCUGGCAUGGAUACUACCCUGUGGCAAAGGCACUGUGCAAGGCGGGCUGCCAAGUCAAUGUAAGGAACAGUGAGGGCGAGAGCCCACUCUUAACAGCGUCAUCCAGGGGCUUCCGGGACAUUGUGGAGUGUCUGGUGGAGCAUGGAGCCGACCUGGACUCCAUGGACAAGGACGGCCGCAUUGCUCUGCACCUGGCCGUGCGCAGGAGCCAAGUCGAGGUGGCGAGGUGGCUCAUCGGCCACCGCUGCCGCGUGGACCACCAGGAUCACCAUGGUAACACCCCUCUUCACGUCGCCUGCGAGGACGGCAACCUGGACAUCGUGUGGGCCCUCUGCAACGCCAAGGCCAACCUGGACACUCCAAAUAUACUUGGGAGGACACCACUGCACCAGGCUGCUAGCAGUGGAGCCCUUGAAGUUGUACGACACCUCUGUGCCUCUGGCGCCAACAUGGAUGCUGCUGACAAUGAUGGGAAAUCAGCCGAGGAUCUCACCAGGACGGGACUCCAUGACAAAAUCAUCAGUCUCCUGGGAAAGCUCAAGAAAGAUCACCACAAGGGGAGCUUCCUGCACCAACUGCGGCCCACGCAGACGCCACAGCCUCGCAUCAAGCUGAAAGUGUUCGGCCACUCUGGUGCCGGCAAGAGCACCCUGCUGGAGUCCCUCAAGUGUGGCAUUCUGAGGAGCUUCUUCCGCAGGAAGAGGUCCCGCCUGCCCUCCGCCAGCUCCCCGCGCUUCACGCUCUCCCCGACACCUCCUGUACCCACAGUGUCUAUGAGCGUCUCCAAUCUGUAUCCCGGGUGCGAGAAUGUGAACGUCCGGCGACGCAGCAUGAUGUUUGAGCCCAGCCUUGCCAAGGGGGUCCUGGCGGUCUUCUCUCCCAUGCACAGUGCUCAGUCUACAGUGGUCGACCAGUCUACCAAAGCCAUCGACAUCCAGAACAUCAGCAUCAAUGGAGUGGGAGACUUCAGUGUGUGGGAAUUCUCCGGUAACCCUGUGUACUAUUGCUCCUAUGACUGCUUUGCUGCUAACGAUCACACGGCCGUACACCUGGUGCUCUUCAGUCUGGAGGAUCCCUACGAGGCCCAGCUCAACCAGGUCACCUUCUGGCUGAAUCUCCUCAAGUCGCUCACCAUGCUGGAAGACAGCAUCACUUUUGGUGGAAAGGUGAAGCAUCCACUGUGUGUUGUGCUGGUGGCGACCCACGCAGACACUGUGAACCUCCCUCAUCACUGCGGAGGGGAAUUUGCCUACGACAAGGAGAAAUCACUGCUCAAAGAAGUCAGGAACAGGUUUGCAAAUGAUCUACGAAUCUCAGAGAAGCUCUUUGUCAUGGAUGCUGGGGCAUCAAGCUCCAAAGUGAUGAAGCUCCUGAGAAACCACCUUCAGGACCUGAGAGGCUCCAUUAUCUCUUCUUGCCCACCUAUGACACAACUGUGUGAGAAAAUUCUUUCAACCCUGCCCUCCUGGAGAAAGCAUCACCGGCCCAAUCAGCUCAUGCCCUGGCACAAGUUUGUGGCGGAUGUUCAGGAGCACAUGAACCCCCUGGCCAGCGAGAAGACCCUGAGGGAGGUGGUCUCGCAGCUGCACAGCAUGGGGGAGAUGAGCCUUCUGCAGAGUGAGAUGAUCCAGGAUAUUGUGCUGCUGGACCCGCGGUGGCUCUGCAGCAACGUCCUCACCAAGAUUCUGUCCAGUGACACUCCGAAAGCCAUCCACCACUACAGGGGGCGCUUCAGCCUAGAGGAGCUUCAGAGCCUGCUGGCAGAUCGUGACGUGGACGAGUUGCUGCAAAUCCUGGAUGCCAUGGAUGUGUGUGUGCGUGACCCCCUCAAUUCUACCAUGGUGGACAUCCCAGCCCUCAUCAGGGCCAAUGGCCUGCACCACUCUUGGACAGAUGAGGAAGAAGAUGAGGAAGCUUUUGUGUAUGGUGGUGUGCGUGUGGUGCCCGCAGAGCAUCUCACCCCCUUCCCAUGUGGUCUGUUUCACAAGCUGCAGGUCAACCUCUGUCGCUGGAUCCAUCAGCAGCAACCAGAAGGAAGUUCCAUCCGUCUGUGGACCAAUGGGGCCAAAAUCUCACACAGGGGUGUGGAGGUCAUACUGCGGCUGGUUAACCACGGCCAGGGAAUCGAGGUCCAAGUGCGUGGACUGGACUCGCUAAAAUGUUAUGUCCUGCUGGAUGUGAUGUGCAACCUCACUGACAACCUUCUAGCUACCACUCUACCUGGGCUCAUGACAGUGAAGCACUACUUGAGUCCCCAGCAGCUGAGAGAGCACCAUGAGCCCAUCAUGGUCUACCAGCCAAGGGACUUCUUCAGGGCCCAGGCACAGAGGGAGACCACCCUCACCAACACCAUGGGAGGGUACAAGGAAAGCUUCAGCAGCAUCCUCAGCCUCAGCUGCACAGAGGUCUAUCACCAGGCCAACCUGGGUGUGGAUGUUCACAUAUCAGACAUUGGCCUUCUGGCAAGGAGGAAGCUCUGUCGACUUUUGGACCCACCGGAUGCCAUGGGUAAGGACUGGUGCCUUCUCGCCAUGAACCUGGGCCUGUCAGACCUUGUGGCUAAAUACAACCGUGCCAAUGAUACUCCUGGAGCAGAUGUGACUUACCCUAGCCCCACUGCCCUGCUCCUGCAGGAGUGGAGUAGGCAUCCUAGCAGCACGAUUGGCGUCCUCACUGCCAAGCUGAGGGCACUGGGGCGCAGGGAUGCAGCCGAUUUUCUGCUAAGGUCAUCCCCAGUGUUCAAGGUCAACCUGGAGGUGACCACCCUGGACAACUAUGGGCCUACUUGCAAUGGGGGGACCUCCCACAACUCCAUCAGCUCUGUAAUAUCCCGGUGAAACAAUCAGCCAAGCAGGUGGAAUUUCAAUCAAAGUGGGAUGCAGCCAUUUACUGUAUUGACUUCUGGUAUGUGUCAUGUCCAGGUUAAAUGCACUUACAGUAGAUGCAUUAUGAAUGGCCAUUUACCAUAGAAGCAUAGUCUCUUGUCCCUAAAUACACCAGAGUCUAUCAGAGAAAGUAUGUUGAUAAUCCAGCAUUAGCAUUACUUAUUUAUACUGUUUGACUAAAUAUACAUUUGCAACAAUUUAUUCUUAAUAAUGAACUCUGCAUUACCUGCUGUUAUAAGUAAGGCAGUAUUCUAGAAGUUAAACUCUCUGGAUAUAUUGUAUAAUAAAGGUCCAUUGGGCAUUAUUUUGGCUGACAUUUUUAAUGCUUAGCCAGUUUGGAAAAAACCUCCCAACAGAAGCUGAGUACAAUCAUUCCUCUACCCUGCUGAGCCUACUUUUGUGGGAGUUAUAAGGCAUAAAGAAGAUGGGAAAACUGCAGCUAAAAAGAAGGGUAACUUAAUAACCAGAAGACAGUAAUUGACUUGUGAUGUGACCCAUUGCAGGGCCACCUACUACCCUCUUCAAGUAAGAUUUUUUUUUUACCUAAUUUAUUGUAGUGGAAUAGUCUAAUAUUUAAGUAGUUAGAAAAGUAAAGGGGUUUCUCCUCAGUCAACCAGUUUCACUUUGAAAGCAUAUUGUCAUAUGUAAUAUGCGAUGGAGAUCAAUACAGUGAGUGUUUACAAAUAAAGAUAGAUCUAUUACUUUUUCUACCUUUUUAUGAUUCUUACAUAAUAGACGAACAUUUAUUGUUUAUAUAAAUGGAAAUCAUUCUGCCGCUGUAUAUGGUGACCUACGCUGACAUCAUAGCUUCCACAUCAGUGUAGAGACACUUCAACAUAAAGAUUUUCACCUAUCCUGUGCUGUGACAAGACAGCACAGGUGCUGAGAUGUCGAGGUUUGCUACACCAUUAUUCAUUUUCAGCAGACAGUAGAUUGCUGAUAUUUAAUUUAUUUGAUUGUUGAUAUUUCAGUUUAGGAUCUGCUGUGUUACAGCAUGGUCUUUUCAACCAGAGCUGCCAAAUGAGUAGGUAACCUAACAUGUAGAACAACUUAAUGAUAUGAGUUACCAGAUCUAGAAGGUGAUCCUUAUGACAGUAAAGCAAUGAUACCAGACACAUGGCCCCAACUAACUCCUUCCAACAAUAAUUAACAUUUAAUUAUUAUAUGACACUAUUUAUUAACAUUUUACCCAGUUAUAAUACUAGAGUUAUUACUGAAUCAAUUCAGUAAGUGAAGAUCCUUAAUACAGCAGGACCCCUUGCUGAAUCAGCAAACAGAAUAGUGGUCAAUAGCAAAAACUGAAAACCUGAAUGUUAUAGGAUCAAGGCCCAGAAAAGUUGCGGGGUGAUGUGUGGGUUAAUGGUCUUUGCCUGUGAUUGGGUGGUAACUGGUUCAAAUACCACUGAACAAGGCCUUGACUCUCAAUUUAUCCAGGGACUGGCUGACCCUACCAUCCCAAAUGUAUAUUGCUUUGGACAAAAGCAUCUGCUAAAUAUGUUAAUGUAAUGUUACUGAGAAACAGAUCAGCAGAUGGCUCAGUACCCCACUGCACCUGGGCUACAGGUCUGAAUCCCUCUCUGCCAGAUUGAAUGUUUCUUGUGUUGUUCUUUGGUCAUUGUGCAAUGCAGAUAUGCUACAAUGCAGACAUACCUUACACAACAGUAUCUUACAGGAUAUACUGCAGUUCACUGCAACCAUAACUGGAUGAGUGGUUACUGAAAAGUGCUUCAUUAAUUAAUCAAUACAUAAACUCAAGUCAAUAAUAUGGUCACAUUUUCUUGAUCCACUUCAAGCUACCUUUCUGAAGCUGUCUAAGGUUUCGCACCCACACAUUAAAAUAGCAGACAUACCCCUCCUGUAGAAAAACAUAAACAAUACUUGUUUAUUUAUUUAUUUUCUAAUCCAUUGAAAUAAUCACCAAGUAAGGUACCACUGAUUUGAUUAAUUGUAAUGGACAAUUUAGAAAGUGACAUUUGUUACUUAGCAUAGAGAGAAUCAUUGUAUUAUUAUAAAAUUUUAAAAAAAAACAACAAAGUACAUCUUUAAAGGGUUAUUCACACUUGAGACACUAGCAAAGCAAGGGGGAGGUGUUUUUGUUUGUCUGAUAGUGGGAAUGUUAGCUACCUGUAGCAGCCUUUCAGUGUUGUCAUACAUGUGCACUCCAACCUGAAGCACGCUAGGUUCAUCAUGACUAUCAUGCAUGUGGGAGACUUGCAGGGUGAAUCAAGUUACUGCUUGAAAUGGUUUUGAUGUACCAGCAGGGGGAGCUCUUUUCCCGGGAGUUGGGACUAUCUGAAAGGUCAAUGUCCCAUUGCAAUCAGUGGGACAGUCAGAUGACUCGAAAUGGAUUUCUUGACAUUUUGAUUCUUGAGUAUUUUUACUUAUCUUGUUUUCCUAGAAGAUCCUCACUCAAAUCCUGUGUGUCAAAUCAUUUUUUUUUAUUUUUUUAUUUCCACUUCUGCAAGUUUCCAUUUUAGUACCCUCAACACAAACUGUCAUUGAUGACUAAAAUACAAAGUAGCACUUUUAAUUUGUAUCUAUUCUAACCCCAUGUGCAAGCUGUCUGCUCUAAAGUAUUAAUCUGGCAAAGCUAGUCUAUGUGAAAUAUUUAAAUAUUAAAGAUCAAAUAUAUAAAGUUAAAAAUAUUGUUAGAGUUUUGAUACUUUUCACGUUGGGUUGGUGGAAAGGUUUCAGAAUUAUUUGCAGAGAAAAUACUUGUAUAAACUUUGCUUAAGUGUCUUGCCAUAAAAAUCAAAGGUUUCCAAUUCUGUUCUACAGUGGUCACAGGGUCUUCACAUUUGCACUGUGUCUCAGAGCUUAACUGAUUAAUUAAAUUUCCCAACUGGAUAUACUGUAAAGUAAAUGGGCUUUUCCUAGAGUCAAUCAGCUUUUCAAUAGUUGAGUUACACCCCACAAUCUUAUUAUCCAUAUAAAUGUAAUUAGGAAUUGAAGUGUGAAACACAUUGGAAAAACUGUAGACCGCAUGACCCAUGUGUGUGUGUGUGUGUGUGUGUGUGUGUAUAUGUAUAUAUAUAUGUAUAUGUAUAUGUGUGUAUAUAUAUAUAUAUAUAUAUAUAUAUAUUUAAAUAUGAGUGAGAGAGAGAGAGAGCAUAUAUGUACUGUUCACAAACACUAGUCUAAAGCACAGAGGGAAAAAAAAUAUAUUUGUCUUUUUUCCCUCCAGACAAAAGGAUAUUUCAGUAGUUUUAAAUGGCACUUUACAAAAGAAAUUAAAUUUAGAAAGAAAUUAAAUUAUUCAUUUUAAUUAUGUACAAAAUUUACCUAAAGAAAACAUUUCCUUUACAUGAGGGAAUUAAAUUUAGGGGAGAGAGAAACCAUGCAUUAAAGAUUCAGUCCUGGUUUUGCACAUCUUUUUGUUUAUUUAUAUUGAUUAUUGUGAUUUUAAAGCAUGCAUUGAUAUUUUCUUAAUACUUUCUCCGAUGUUAAGGAUAUUGUGCAUUUUACAAUAAAUUGAAUUUAAUUAGCUUAUCAUACAUUGUUUCCAUUCUUUUCUAAGAUUGAUUUACUGACCACACUUGUGAGUUAUUCAAGGGGAUGUGCUUUGAUCAGUUGAAUGCUGAUUAGGUCACUGACUUUAGUUUGAAGCUUUUUUUUUUUACUUUAGUACCCUUUGUCAGUCUCCAUUUUCCAAUGGGGGAAAAUGACUUGCUAAUGCAAUCCAGCCAUUAUUGUUUUGUGUUUAAAAAACAAGAAAUGCAGUGUUUGAUCAAUUCCUGUGACGUCUUUUUUAACCAUUAAAACUGAUAUUACUAUGUUUUGGAAAUGAUUGUACCAAAAUGUUAUUCAUUAAAAUAAAUGUGCCACUCAUAUAUUUUUAACCAAAUAAAGAUGAUGA